AUGGCAGGGGCCCCCCCUCUCGACGCCGGGGCGAAGGGGGCAUGCCUAGAAGGAUCCCCCAUCGAAAGCCCCCUCCCCCUCCAUGGGAAGGGUGUGCCCCCUCGACCCCCGUGCUGGCCCACUUCGAGCCCGACGGCGGCCAAGCCAUCCAGCGAACUGGCCAGUACCCCAAUUCUCCCAAAUGCCCACUUCUCCAAGGUGCCGUCUCCCAGUCCCUCGCCCAUGGUCUCUGAGCCAACUGGCCAGCAGACUUGCCGCUCAGAUACGGGCCCGAUGCCCGUCAUCCGGCUCCCCCCUCCAAGCGCCCGGCGCUGCCGGAACAAUUGA